ACGCAGAGCAGCAGUCACACCUGAUACAGACAGCACCCGCUGACCCUGCGUCCACGCUACCGUGGGCCUGCAGGCCUGCGCCAUUCCCGGUGCUCCUCUGGAAUUGGAAAGAGCAGGUCUUGUGACUGGCGCCCAGCACCCAGGUCUCUGGCGGGCCUCAGGUGUGGUUGAUAUUACGAAGGCAAAAUAAAUGAGGGCCAGGUUGAGAGUGUGGGCAUGUUUCUCCACUGUAGCUGGGUGAUCAGGGAGGACCUCCCUGAGGAGGUGACGUGUGGGCAGGGACUGGAGUGCCGUGAGAGAGCCAUGGGAGUAUCUGGGGGAAGACAUGUUAGACCCGGGAGGAAGCUUCUCUGAUUCCCGCCUUAAGCGGUGAGAACUGAAGCCUGGAGAGCCUCUGCAGCUUGUGCUGGGUCCCCCAGCCAGGAAGUGUUGGGGACAGGCUAUGAAUCUGGGCCUCCGGAGAUUCCCGCAGCACAGCUCAGUAGCCCCUGGUGAGUGUGACUUCUGAUCCCACCCAUGGGCUCACCCCUAAGGCUUAGUGCAGGAGCAGGCGCCCUGGCGUUUGUUGUUUUUUGAGGUGUGUUCCAGGGUAUCUUCCUAGAAGGAGCACAGCCCCUCAGAACAAAUCUCUAGGGUCCCCAGAAACCCCCUGGGAUGGGUUGGGAUGGAAAGGAGUAUCUUUCAGACUUGAGCUUCAAGCCCCUGGAGGACCCAGGGACACCCCUCCCCGGGCCUCUCUUCAGCUUCCCAGAGCUCUCCGCGGAAGGCCCUCAACCACAGGCCUCCGGGCCGCACGGUGGGGUGGUUCCAUGGCAGGCUCUUCUGGAUAGCCAGCCAAGCAGCGAGAGGCCCAACUGGGGGAGACAGCCUGGGAGCAGGACCAGGAGGGAGGGAGCGAGUGUGGGAGGGGUGCUGGGUGGGAGCUCAGCCUGGCCCCCUUGGGGCAAGACCCACUGCCAACUCGGCACCCACAGCAGGGCCCGGGUGCUCUGAGUGUGCCGAGUAAGGGACGGCAAGCCAGGCCGGCCAGGAGGAGACUGCAUGUCAGAGGUCCCCGCAGGAGUUUCUUCAGCCCAGCCGUCCUGCCGGAGAAGCUCGUUCGCAGAUGUUGUUUCUAAGGACUGUGCCCUGUCCACGGCGCCUCCUGCAUGUCCUGCUGCCCUGAGCUGUCCCGAGCUAGGUGACAGCGUGCCACGCUGCCACCAUGAACGAGGUGUCUGUCAUCAAAGAAGGCUGGCUCCACAAGCGCGGUGAAUACAUCAAGACCUGGAGGCCACGGUACUUCCUGCUGAAGAGCGACGGCUCCUUCAUUGGGUACAAGGAGAGGCCCGAGGCCCCUGAUCAGACCCUUCCCCCCUUAAACAACUUCUCUGUAGCAGAAUGCCAGCUGAUGAAGACCGAGAGGCCGCGGCCCAACACCUUCGUCAUACGCUGCCUGCAGUGGACCACAGUCAUCGAGAGGACCUUCCACGUGGAUUCUCCAGACGAGAGGGAGGAAUGGAUGCGGGCCAUCCAGAUGGUUGCCAACAGCCUCAAGCAGCGGGCCCCAGGUGAGGACCCCAUGGACUACAAGUGUGGCUCCCCCAGUGACUCCUCCGCGGCCGAGGAGAUGGAAGUGGCGGUCAGCAAGGCACGGGCUAAAGUGACCAUGAAUGAUUUCGACUAUCUCAAACUCCUUGGCAAGGGAACCUUUGGCAAAGUCAUCCUGGUGCGGGAGAAGGCCACUGGCCGCUACUACGCCAUGAAGAUCCUGCGGAAGGAAGUCAUCAUUGCCAAGGAUGAAGUCGCUCACACAGUCACCGAGAGCCGGGUCCUCCAGAACACCAGGCACCCGUUCCUCACUGCGCUGAAGUACGCCUUCCAGACCCACGACCGCCUGUGCUUCGUGAUGGAGUACGCCAACGGUGGCGAGCUGUUCUUCCACCUGUCCCGGGAGCGUGUCUUCACGGAGGAGCGGGCCCGGUUUUAUGGUGCAGAGAUCGUCUCGGCUCUUGAGUACUUGCACUCGCGGGACGUGGUGUACCGCGACAUCAAGCUGGAAAACCUCAUGCUGGACAAAGACGGCCACAUCAAGAUCACUGACUUUGGCCUCUGCAAAGAAGGCAUCAGUGACGGGGCUACCAUGAAAACCUUCUGUGGGACCCCGGAGUACCUGGCGCCUGAGGUGCUGGAGGACAAUGACUAUGGCCGGGCCGUGGACUGGUGGGGGCUGGGUGUGGUCAUGUACGAGAUGAUGUGCGGCCGCCUGCCUUUCUACAACCAGGACCACGAGCGCCUCUUCGAGCUCAUCCUCAUGGAAGAGAUCCGCUUCCCGCGCACGCUCAGCCCCGAGGCCAAGUCCCUGCUUGCCGGGCUGCUUAAGAAGGACCCCAAGCAGAGGCUUGGUGGGGGGCCCAGCGAUGCCAAGGAGGUCAUGGAGCACAGGUUCUUCCUCAGCAUCAACUGGCAGGACGUGGUCCAGAAGAAGCUCCUGCCACCCUUCAAACCUCAGGUUACGUCCGAGGUCGACACAAGGUACUUUGAUGAUGAAUUCACCGCCCAGUCCAUCACAAUCACACCCCCCGACCGCUAUGACAGCCUGGGCUUACUGGAGCUGGACCAGCGGACCCACUUCCCCCAGUUCUCCUACUCGGCCAGCAUCCGCGAGUGAGCAGUCCGCCCACGCAGAGGACGCACGCACGCACGCAGCCAUCACCGCCGGGUGGUUUUUCCCCCUAAGUUUCUACUUUGCCUUUUUGGUUUGUGUCCCCACCCCCACCCCCACCUCCUCACCCCCUUUCCAGUUCUUCUUCAGGCCCCUCCCAGACGCACCCCAGCAGCCCCUGCA